AGCUGCAGUGCCACAGGUGGGGGUCCUCACCUGGCUCACCAGCAGGGGCCCAAUCGUGUUGGUGGUGUAAAUCUGGGACAUGCUCUCCAGCGUCUCAGUAUCUAAAAAGCUCAACUUUGCAAUCCCAGCAUUGUUGAUGAGGAGGUUCAGCCCAGAGCCCUUCAGGUGCUCCCCGACUCUGGCUGCAGCUGCCUGGAUGCUGGCGGGGUCGGUGACUUCUACAGAGCCAACACAGGGGGAGGAGCUGAGAGAUCUGGCGUCCAGGCACCCAAACCUGGUCCUUGUGAAGCUGGAUGUUGCCAAUCCCUCAGCCAUUAUCGAUGCAGUGAAAAUCGUGGAGGGGAAGCUGAAUGGCGCAGGCCUGAAUCUGCUGAUAAAUAAUGCUGGCAUUUAUGCCCCAGUGACACUGGAGACGGUAGACUCUGAAGAGAUGAUAAGGGCAUACAAGACCAAUGCAGUGGGGCCGUUGCUGAUGGCCCAGGCUUUUCUUCCCCUGCUGAAGAAGGCUGCCCAGGAAAGCAUGGACAAGGGACUGAGUUGCAGCAAGGCAGCCAUCGUCAACAUCUCCACCGUCAUGGGGUCCAUCGAGAAAACUUCUGAGUCCUUCUUCAAGCCUGUCAUCUCCUAUCGCUGCAGCAAGGCUGCUCUCAACAUGCUCACCAAGUGCCAGGCUCUGACCUAUGGAGAGACCGGGAUCCUCUGCGUGGCGCUUCACCCUGGCUGGGUGAAAACUGACAUGGGCACCCAGGAGGCUGACCUGACAGUGGACACAAGUGUGCGGGGGCUGCUCUCUGUACUGCCGAUUCUGUCCGAGAAGCACAACGGGAGCCUGCUCAACUGGGAAGGCAAAACUAUUCCUUGGUGAGAGGCAGCACAGCACACACUGCCUGCCCCAGCAAGAGAGCACGCAGUGGCAGGGGGCUCCAGGUGUACUGAAUCACCUGCUCUGUGGCCUUAAACCCAGCUACCUGGGAUGACCCCGCCCCACCCCACUCUGGUCAUGUGGAGCAGUCUGUGAUCCCUGUGUUGGAGUUACUAAUAAACACAGUGCAGCCAGCCUUUA